CAUCUCUGUGAGAGACAGAAACGAGGUAAAAAACAGAAGAAAAAGAAUGAAGAAAAUUCAAUCCGAUCUAAUACAAUUUUGACGUCCGCAAGGACACAGUUUCCCUUUCUCUCUCCUCUCUCUCUCUCUCUCUCUCUCUCUCUCUCUCUCUAAGUUACAGCGAGAAAACAGGCCGUGCUUACUGUGGGAGAAUCCUUCCAUGAGUUCACACACUCUGAAAUCUAUGCCUCUAAGCUUCUUCAGCUGACAUAUUCCAAUUUCAAGUUCUGCAACGAAGAAGAACAACCACGAAGAAGAAGGAAGAUAGCUUAAACCUCCACAAUUUAGUCAAUUUGGGGUCUCCUUUGUUGUUCUUGAUGUUCUUUGUUUGAUAUUUUGAGACUUUCAAGCUGUUUUUCAGUUGCUGAGAUUUAUACGGAACAUCGAGGUUUGAUCCUCUCGGGAAGACACUGGGAUUCUAUAAUGGUCAGAACCGGAAGGAGUUCCUUCAUUUCGGCUUCCUUUGGUCUCUGGCUUGUGUUUGGGAAAACUGAAUACAGCAUGCUCAGGCUCGAAACUAAUCCACUUAUAUCUCUGCGAGAUAAUGAACCUGUAGCCUGUAGGGUUGGGUAUUGGGAAGAAUGCUCUUUGAGUCUGAGUUGAGCUUUGUUUCAAUUUUCCUCCCAGGUUAACUGUAUUCUAUUUCUUAGGUAGGUUUCUCUUUCUACAGCGAGUGAUUCUAGCCCGUGAUUGGGAAAGAUGGUAACAUCGGGGCCACCCACUCCUAUGGGUGGUGGUGCACAGUCUGUUUCACCCUCAAUUCUACGGUCUAAUUCUGGAUUGCUGGGAGUUCAAGGUGGUAUGCUUCCUUCUCAGGCAGCAUUUUCUUCACUUGUAUCGCCUCGCAAUCAGUUCAAUAAUAUGAAUAUGCUUGGUAAUAUGUCCAAUGUGUCAUCUCUCCUUAAUCAAUCAUUUGGGAAUGGGGCUCCUAAUGCACAUCCUGGUGCGGAGCCAGACCCUCUUUCUGGUGUUGGCAAUGGAAUGGGCUUUAAUAAUCCUUCGUCAUCAUUUGUAGCAUCCAAUAUGACAAACCCCGUUUCAUCUGUCCAAGGGCAGAAUCCACAAUUUUCUAACCUUUCUAGCAGCCAGUUGUUAUCAGAUCAGCAGCAGUCGCAACAACUAGAUCCCCAGAACUUCCAACAUAGUCAACAGUCGAUGGAACAGUUUUCUGCCAUUCAGAGCAAUCAACAACCACAAUUUCAAGCAAUGCGAGGGUUGGCUGUUGUUGGACCUGUUAAGUUGGAGCCUCAAGUGACCAGCAAUGAUCAACAUGGACAGCAGCAGCAACAGCAGCAACAGCAUUUGCAAACUUUGAGAAACCUUGGUCCAGUGAAAUUAGAAUCACAACGACUUCAGUCGAUGAGAGGUUUGGCACCAGUAAAAAUGGAACCCCAACAAUCGGACCAGUCAUUAUUUCAGCAGCAGCAGCAGCAGCAGCAACAACAACAUCAGCAUCAGCAUCCGCAUCAACAGCAACAGCAAUCGCAACAAUUUCUCCAUAUGUCUAGACAGUCCUCUCAGGCAGCGGCUGCCCAAAUUAAUCUAAUGCACCAACAAAGGCUUUUACAAUUGCAACAACAACAUCAGCAACAUCUCCUAAAAAGUAUGCCUCCUCAACGGCCACAAUUGCAACAACAUUACCAACAGCAGAACCUUUCUCUGAGAUCUCCUGUUAAACCAGGAUAUGAACCUGGAAUGUGUGCCCGGCGUCUGACUCAUUAUAUGUAUCACCAACAACACAGACCUGAAGACAACAACAUAGAUUUCUGGAGGAAAUUUGUUAACGAGUACUUUGCACCUCAUGCCAAAAAGAAAUGGUGUGUUUCCAUGUAUGGAAGUGGACGACAAACAACAGGAGUUUUUCCUCAGGAUGUAUGGCAUUGUGAAAUAUGCAACCGCAAGCCCGGGCGUGGCUUUGAAGCAACUGCUGAAGUUCUUCCCAGGCUUUUUAAGAUCAAGUAUGAAAGUGGUACCAUGGAGGAACUACUUUAUCUUGACAUGCCUCGUGAAUAUCAUAAUGCAUCUGGUCAGAUCGUUUUGGAUUAUGCAAAAGCGAUACAGGAAAGCGUUUUUGAGCAACUUCGCGUUGUCCGCGAUGGCCAACUCCGAAUUGUUUUUUCUCCAGACCUUAAGAUAUGUUCAUGGGAAUUCUGUGCUCGGCGCCAUGAAGAACUUAUUCCUAGGAGAUUAUUGAUACCUCAGGUUAGUCACCUUGGAGCAGCAGCUCAAAAGUAUCAGUCUGCCAUUCAGAACGCAUCAUCCAAUCUAUCAACUCCUGAAUUGCAAAACAAUUGUAACAUGUUUGUGGCUUCAGCACGACAGUUAGCUAAAGCCUUGGAAGUUCCGCUGGUGAAUGACUUGGGAUAUACAAAGAGAUACGUACGUUGUCUUCAGAUAUCCGAAGUGGUUAAUAGCAUGAAGGACUUGAUUGAUUACAGCAAAGAAACAGGAAUUGGGCCAAUGGAUAGUCUAGCAAAGUUUCCUCGGAGGACUAGUUCAUCAUCGGGGCUUACAAAUCAAGCUCACAUUUCUGAUGAGCAGCAACAACAGCAAUCAUCCAUAGCCCAGCACUCGAAUAACAACCAGGGUUCCGUCCAGGCUUCUGCAGUGCAGCAGCUUACAGCUAGCAAUGGUGUGACCAGUGUAAAUAACACCACCAACCAACCUUCAACAUCAAACUCAGCGAGCACCAUUGCUGGGCUUCUUCACCAGAAUUCAAUGAACUCCAGACAGCAGAACUCUAUGGCUAAUGCUAGCAACUCAUACGGGGGAAGUUCUGUUCAGAUUCCAUCUCCUGGUUCUUCCAGUACAAUUCAACCUACGCAACCGAACCCUUCUACAUUCCAGCCACCUACUCCCUCAUCAUCUAACAAUCUUUCACAACCAUCGCAUGCAGCUGCAAAGAAUGCCAAUCAGAUGAGUGCUGCUAAUUCUCCUGCAAAUAUCUCUAUGCAACAACCUGCCUUGUCUGGAGAUGCUGAUCCUGGUGAUACACAAUCCUCCGUGCAAAAGAUCUUACAAGAGAUGAUGAUGAAUAAUCAAAUGAAUGGGCCGAAUAGUCUGGUCGGUGUCGGUUCGGUGGUCAAUGAUAUGAAAAACUCGAAUGGAGUCUUACCUACAAGUAGUACAGGUCUCAACAAUGGGAAUUGUAUAGGGGGGAAUGGAGCAACGAACGGUGGCCCAGGAAUGGGAGGAGGUGGAUACGGAUCAAUGGGGAGUGGGCUUGGACAGCCUGCCAUGGUUAAUGGAAUGAGGACUGCAAUGGGGAAUAACUCCAUGAUGAAUAGACGAAACGGAAUGGCAUCGUUUGCUCUAGAACAAAGCAUGAAUGGUCAACCGCAAGAUUUGGGAAACCAGCUUCUUAGUGGUCUAGGAGCUGUAAAUGGCUUUAGUAAUCUCCAAUUUGGCUGGAAGUCAUCCCCAUGAAGAAAAGCUAUAUAUAUGGAUCAUCAGUUUAUGGAUUGGUGCUUAAUCUCAUUCAAAUUAUGAGAAUUUGCCGAUGGCCCUGCAAGAGAUGGCAGGCACCGCAUGGCAAGGCAGGUACGGGGCAUAAUGAUUCACACUUUGUACCAAUAUAUUUGCUUUUUAUUAUAUUAUACGAAAGGGAAAGUCUGACGGCUGGUGAUGGGUGGUGAUAGGGGCAGGUUGUCUGUGAUUUCAAAUGUAACCUGUCUAUUUCUAUAGUUUUUUUUCUUUUUCUUCUAAUAUUUGGCCUUUUUAGCAAUUUUGAUUGUCUGUCUACCUUCCUUUUCCUCAGCCAUUUUAAGUUUUAUUUAUGGUUUACAAGGAAUUUGAUCA